AUGGGAACGCGAAUCGAGAGGCGCCCAAUGGCAGAGCUCGGGGCGUUGGGACGCCCUGAAGGACAACGUCCAACCAAUCGCGGUGCGACGCUCUCGAGCCGCUGCUUUGCACAGCGCCGCUAUAUAAGGAGCUCUCGCAGGCGGUGCCGUUACCCGCUGUUCUAUCGGCGUUGUCUGUUGGUGAGUGAGAGACGUGCGUUUGCUGCGAUGCCUGAGCCGGCCAAGUCCGCUCCUGCGCCCAAGAAGGGCUCCAAGAAGGCGGUGACUAAGACGCAGAAGAAAGGCGACAAGAAGCGCAAGAGGAGCCGCAAGGAGAGCUACUCCAUCUACGUGUACAAGGUGCUGAAGCAGGUGCACCCCGACACGGGCAUCUCGUCCAAGGCCAUGGGCAUCAUGAAUUCCUUUGUCAACGACAUCUUCGAGCGCAUCGCCGGCGAGGCGUCGCGCCUGGCGCACUACAACAAGCGCUCCACCAUCACCUCGCGGGAGAUCCAGACGGCCGUGCGGCUGCUGCUGCCCGGCGAGCUGGCCAAGCAUGCUGUCUCCGAGGGCACCAAGGCUGUCACCAAGUACACCAGCUCCAAGUAAGCUGCUUCUGCAUCCUGUACCAGACCUAAUUAACCCAAAGGCUCUUUUCAGAGCCACCCACCUUCUCAGAAAAAGAGCUGAUGUUUUAGUCACUUGUUUUGAGCUGUCCCAGGUAAUUCUCACAAAAAAACAGCUGCUUGCUCUA